AUGAGCGGCGAGGCUGAUACAGUCCACAGCUUUUUACAGUCGUCGGCACUGGCGCUAUAUGCCUUGGUAAGCUUACUCGAGACCUUGGAAUGCUUCAGCCUCGUUUUAACCCGCGAUUCUGCAGCCACCAACUACGGCAUGGGGAAGCACUUCGCUCUCUUGCAUCCGGAAACUGCACGGGCCUACAUUAUUGUCUUCUAUGUCGGCAGCGCGGCCUACAUAACCUGCACAGCCCUGAUCAAACUCUCUCUACUCUUCCAGUAUCUCCGCGUGUACAACCGCGGCACCACCAUGUAUCGACUUUGCGUCGGCCUCCUCAUUUUUACGGCCCUCUGGGGUACUGCUUACACCUUCAUGGCUUGGUUUCCCUGCUUCCCGAUCAAGGACUUGUGGCUUGCCCCUCCAGGUGCCAAGUGCUACGCUUUUGGGUCGCCCAACCCCCAUAUUUUCGCAGCAACGUACGAGAGCCAUACGGGCGUCAACAUGGUCCUCGACGUUCUUGUCCUGGCAGCGCCGGUACCAAUGUAUUUUGACAAGCAUACACCGCAGAAGACUCGCAGGGGUCUUUUGGCCUUGCUGUUCAUGGGCUGUCUUGUCAAUGUCUUCUCCGUCUGGCGCCUGGCCACGAUCGUCGAGCACAAGGCGGCCACUUAUCCCGUCCGAGAUCCGACCUGGUACGGACCGAUCAGCAUCCUUCUGGCCAUUCUGGAAGUCGAUGCCGCCAGUAUAUGCGCCAGCGUGCCCGUCUUCUGGCCCAGGAUUAGCAGCCACUUUGGGCGGAUUUUCGUCACUCAGGAGAUCGACAUCACUCACGAGGACCGGUACGAGCUGACCACGACGCCAAGUGAGGGGCUGGGCCCCGUGGACGGGACGCACAGCCGCACAGGGAGCGACACGGAGCUAUCCACGGGGAUCGCGGGUACCAAGAGCAAGGAGAUGCAUUACAAGGACGGCUUUGUCAUAUCGCUGGUGGACCCGCUGCGACAGGCUACCUCGGGAAAUGAAGAUCUGGGUGCAUGGGAAGGCAUGCGCCCUCGGGAAGCUAUGGAGGCCCAGCAAGACUUGGAUGCGCAAGAGGAGGCAGACAUUCAAGCAGCUUUGGAACUCAGCAGGAUCGAUAUGGAGGAGCGGGCCGACCCUGAUGAGGUUGAUGCGCUUCCAAGCUACUCUUCGGCUCCGGGCCCCGAGGAUAUCCUCCUUCGACAUCUGCUGGAUUCCGCGGCCGGAGAUGCACCUCAGACUUCCGGGCAUGACAACGACGAGAGCCUCCCGCCUUCUUAUGAGAACCUCACGCUCGACGACUACACUGCCGCACGCCACCGACUUGUGGAAUCUUGGCAAACCUGGUGCCGUGUGAAGCGCGACGAGUACACGCAAAACUUUGUGAUAUGGCAAGAGAGCAAGAACAUGCAGGCAUAUGGAGAGCACCAACGAUGGAAGAGCGAGGUGGAACGAUACAAGAGGGAGCUGGAGGAGGAGCGGCAGGACUACUACUUGGAGAGGGCAAAGCAGCUGGAAGCGAGGUUCCGAGCACGACUACCCAAAGAAGAGAUGCUCCCCUGGGACAUGGAAAGGUAG